UCGAUAUCACUUCAAAACGUCAAAGUGAAUUUAAAUUGACUAUGGAAAUAAUAUUGCGGAAGAGUAUGGAUAUUUUGAACUUUAUAUUUAUCAUAGAUGUUCUAUUGAUGGUUCCGAUUGAGUACGCUUCUGCUGAAAGCGAACAGACAGACUGGCGGAAAAUGAGCCAAAUUAUCGAAUCCAGAAAGAGAACCAAACCAGUACUGAGUUGGCGAUGUUGGAGCAACUGUCCACCUUUGAGUCCAAUAGUUGACAUCGAGAAGGAUAUGGUUUUGGAAGCCUAUUGUAAAUUGAAUUGCGAACAGAUCCAGACAAACCAAACGUUUCGUUGGAGCGUUGAAGUUCCGGACUUUGACUAUGAUAAAUUUACACUUGGUAGAGAUCAGGGUAAAUUCACUAUUAAAAAAAAUGCUUUUCAAACUGGUAAAACGUAUACUGUUGGAUUCAGUCUUCUAGGCGAGAAAGGUAAAAUUCGUGCAAUGUUUCCAACUCAUAUAGGUCCUAAAUUGGGAGAAUGUUCAGUGAAUCCCCCACGCGGAUAUGCUUCGAGAACCCAAUUUCAUGUUAAAUGCAAUCAUAAGCCAGGAAAUGUAACUUACAAAUUAUAUAGUGUGAGUAAUCAAUCAGAAUUUCUGCUGGCUACAGGAACGUCACUCGAAGCAAUGCCAAUCAUGUUGAAUGAGGAUGUCGCAGUAAAAGUCAAAAUCAUAGACGAAUAUAAGUUCACAGAUGAGAAACAAAUGUCAGUUAUUGUAUUUGCAUCUCUGAAAAAUGUGCACACCAGUAAAGAACUCGUCAACGAUAUAGAAGUAAAAUAUUUUGAUGCCAAAAAAGACCGAUCUGUUAUUGGUUUAAUGAAGUCGAAUAGAACUGAUGAUCUUUUGCAAAUGCUCAAUGUUUUGACAGAAGAAAUGGCAAAAUUGGCAAAAAAUAACGAAACGGAAGUUACAAUGAAAGAAUAUCAUAAGAGAAUAUUAGAUAUUUUGAAAAAUAUACCUCUGGAAAGCAGAGAAGUGGCCAAACAAGUUGCUGUCAUUUCUAGCAAAAUAGCUACCCAAUAUGAACAGAAAUCCGAUCCUGAUAUAGCUGAAGCAACGUCAGAAGUGUGUCAGUUCGCGUCUGAUAAAUAUCUAGAUCACAUUGAAGAUGAAAGUUACAUCAACAUGUUGUCGAGCGACAUUGAGAAGGCAGUACAUAUGUUCGCUGGAUGUUCUCGGGCAAUUUCAGGAAUAAAUUUGGAAAUUCUUGAGCCACAAGCCUUCAUCGAUGAGCCAACUACCCCUUUUCCUCUUGUCGAUUUUCCCGUAAUCACAGAAAAUUAUCCUGACUACAUCGACGAUGAGAAUAUUUCGAAAAUAUUAACCAAAUAUGAAACUGCCAGCGAAAACUUGGUCUACCAGUGCUACAUAAACUCGAAAACUGUGGCUAUAUCCAUGAUAAACUGGGAAGGAACCAGAUUUGUUACCACUGACAAUUACGAAAUCACAGCUACAAAAAAAUGGGGAUCUGAAAUUCCAUAUAUUCUUAUAUCGUCUCGAAGUGUGGACUUGCUAGCUUCAGAAGAUUUCGUGGAAUACGAGGAAUCCGAUGUAUAUGUUCUAUUGUGUACAAUGACCAAAAACCCCUACUGGUGGAUUUUGAAAGAAAGAAUUCCAACCACAAUAGCAAUGUUAACUUUCGCCCUCGAAGAAAAAGUUAUUUCCAACUUUGUUGAACCAUUCUCAAUAUCAUUCAAAAACAAUGCCAACAAGAGUGUACUGUUAUUACAUACAAGCAGAACGCCCAGCAAAGCAAAUUCUUCACUGGCUUCGGAAAUUUAUGAUUUCGAACGAAUCACAAUGUUUCGGAUAGACGUCUUCAGGAAACAAGGAUAUAUCAUUGAGUUUGAGGAGUUGACAGCGAAUGAUAGUUUCAAGGUUCAUGUUUCUGAUUUCAUGAAACCCACUCCCAAGGAAUUCCAAAAUAAAUCAAAAUUGAUCACUCAGGACAAUAACAUACUUUUUAUUCCACAUGACAAUGAUUUCGAUGUUUGGCAUUAUUUAUGUGUUUUGCCUGCAUCAGAGAAUCAACAAAAUCUGGAGUUCAAGUUCAGAGUAUACACGAUGUCUUGUUACCAGUGGGUAGCAUCAGUUAGAAAUUGGGAGUUUGCUUGUGGGUCAGACGAAACUUCUACUUUUGAGCGAUUCGAGUGUCUCUGUUACCAUUCAUCAGUUCUAUGUGGAAGAAUAAAAAACAACAAUAUCAGAGAGGAAAAAACAAGAAUACUUAUGAAUGAAUUGGAGUUGCAGACGACUGUGAUUAUUUUCAUUUCUGUAGCGGUGGCGUUUUUUCUUUAUUGUGUCCUACUGAUCUACGUAACUUUAACGACAAAAAAGAUUUCUGAGAAGAGUAUAUACUUCCUGAGCGACAUACCUAGUUCCUAUCGAUUUGGAUAUCUUAUUAUUGUGAAAACUGGAAAUAAAUCUGAUGCAGGAACGACAUCAAAUGUUAUCAUUAAAUUAUAUGGAUUGAGUGCAGAAAGUAAGGAACAUGUUCUGAACUUUCCCGAUCCAGAAAAAAGGAUUCUACAACAGAACCAGGAAGAUUGGUUCUUCUUGGCAACUGAAUUUUACUUGGGAGAUAUUGAUAGAAUUGAAAUUUGGUUCGAUUCCUUGGGUUUCAGACCUUCGUGGUACUGCUCAGAGAUAGAAGUUGUCGACUUGCAAAUGAACAAAUAUUGGUGGUUCAAUAUUAAAUUCAGAUUUGAGAUAUGCGAUAAGGAAAAUUAUUAUUUUUCUGCUACCCCAGAGAGGCAAUCAGUUAGAAAGACGAAUCCAAGAUUUUUUUUAAACAAAAUCUCAUUGCACGGAUGUCACAUGUGGAAUAUAUUUCGCGACGAUGAAGAUGCUAUUUCAAGAACCAAGAGACUAACAAUGAUGCUGUCUAUUUUCAUGACUACAUACACCGUAAUUAUGUUUUUGUAUGAUAUUCCGAAACUACAAAAUAGUGACAGUUUGGGUCAGUAUUCUGAGUAUGGUUUCAACGUACAGUUAUUAUGGACUACAUGUUGGGGUUUUGCGAUAACAGUCCUGAUACAUAUGCCUAUUGUACACUUCUUCAGAUUUCAUCACGAAGAAAUUGCGGCUGAGAGUAGAACUGGAUUAGUUGGAAAAUACCUACCCCACCUGAAUCUAAUCUGUUGGUGUUCACUGAUACUUAUCGUGAUUGCAUGUAUGACGACCUUGAUCAUUAUGGGAUUCUGGGUGCCCCAUGUAACAGCCUUACUAUGGUUGACUUCAACGAUAGUGAGCUUGCUGAUUUAUAUUUGUAUACUUGAAAACUGUGUGAGGAUUGUCUAUAACUUCAUCCUAAAUAGGGCAAGGAGACUGAUUCAUAUUCUUCGUCGAAUAAAACCUGCACUGGCUUACAUAGAAGGUCAAAGGUCGCUCGUUUAUACAAAAUUUGGACAAAUAUCUUUACGACCCUACUACAGACACCUUUACAAACCAAUGGGUCCUUCAAGAAUUAAGGAACAAAAACAUUGGGCUCUUGUGAAGGAAAGUAUAAUAGAAAUUGUAGAAGAUCUGGUCAUGAUAACUGUAUAUGUGUUGCUAUUAUACACGGUAAUUUUGAAGGAUAGAGAUGCUAUGAGUUAUCUGAGCAAUAAGGAAGCUGAGGAUCUGGUUAUUGGUAGACAUUCCAGGACGAUGCCUAAAAAGCAUGCAAUUUCCAAUAGAAAAGAAAUUGAGGAGUACAUCACAAACACAGUGGUUUUCUCCAUGCAAUCUCUCCAAUGGUAUGGCAGAUAUGUGACCAAAGAGCCCGGUAUGACCAUUGACCAAAAUAAUAAGUAUAUUGGCAUUGCUCGACUUCGACAGUUGAGAUCUAACAAUAUCAGUUGUAUAGUGGUACCACCGAUGGAAUUCCUCACCAACAGCUGCAUACACCAAUUUUCUAACGGACCGGAAUAUCGUGAUUUCAGCGAAGGAUGGGGAUAUGACUCGAACUCUGAUGAGUUUGCAAGAAUGGACUCAGUUUGGAACUACAAUAGUUACUAUGCAACUGGCAGCUUGAGUUAUAUUGGAAAGUUCGCUACUUAUCCUGGCGGUGGUUACGUUUCAACUCUAGGCCGCACCAUGAAGAAUUCCUUGAUCAACACCAACUAUAUUUUUCGCAACAAUUGGCUCGAUAAAUUCACUCGUUGUAUCUUCGUAGAAUUUCUUUUAUACAAUUCCAAUAGUAAUCUUUUCCAGUCAGUUCUCGUGAGUUUCGAGAUAAGCGCAAUUGGAUUCGUGGAACCGAACUUCAACAUCAAAUCUGCUCGCCUGCUGUUUGUAAAGGAAAAAACUGGAUUAUUAGUAACUAUACUACUCUUUGGCUUCCUGACGAUGGUAUUCAUUUUAACAGUGAAACUAGUGCUCAAGAUAAUCAGGAAGAAAAAAAUGUUGUUCAAGGAUCUAUGGCACGUAGUGGAUAUAGUUAUAAUAACAAUAAGUAUCGCUUGCCUUUUUUUGUAUAUGGAGAGAGCCAUGCUGGUGAAGAGCUUCCUUGUGAAAAUAGAAAACGCCAAGCAUAACGAGUUUGUCAACUAUUUCCACCUGUUCUUCGCAGAAUCUGCCCUCACAAUACUAGCAGCUAUUCUAGUGUUUAUAGCCACUUUGAGACUGUGGAAGUUGCUGAGGUUCUUGCAGAUCAUUAAAAUCGCCGAAAAAACUUUCGCUCUAUCCCUUGGAGCUAUUGUUCUUAUAUUUUUCUACCACAUGUUGACGGUUUUCGCGUUUACUCUAUCCGGUAUAAUGUUUUUUGGAGACCACUCUUCUGAUUUCAAAAACAUAUUGGAUUCAACAACUACUCUGAUCCUCAUGUCAUUGUCCUUCUUUCAAGAUUUCAAGUUUAUGACGCUGAAAACUCCCUUACAUCAUUUAUACUACAGUCUGUACAUGCUUAUUUCGCUGUUUUAUCUCACCCUGUAUAUAGCUAUAAUAACGAUAUGCUAUACCGAGGCACAGGUGAUUUAUUCCAGGGAAGAAGGCUACGACGUUUUCGAUUUUUUGAAAGAACAGUACCAGUAUUAUAAAGGGGUUGCCAAGGUCAAAUUGAGGAGCUCAAGAAUUCGAGGGGGUGAAAGCGGUUCUGAGGGUAGAAAAUGGAUAUACCCUAAAGCUGAUGUGCACAGAUACGCCAAUUGUUUGACAGUGCCCAAAAACAGGACAAGUGGUAUGGUACAUGUAACGCUGGCAAUCUUGAGAAACAUGAAGAGGACACCCACGCUGAAGCAAGGUGCUGAAAGUUUGAUAAAAAUGAUCAUAGCAAAUUUUUUUCGAAAGGAUUCACAGGAAAACGAUUUUUUUUUCAUAAGUCAUGCGAAACGUGGAAAAGCAACCAUUGUAGAUGAUUUGGUAUUUCUGAAGAUGGAAAAGGUGUUGACAGUCCUCUUUUCCAAAGCAAACAGACAAAAAGAAUCGUUCUAUGCGGGUUUAUUGGAGAGUAACCAAAGAAGAGUUGAUGUAAUGACAGAAAAUUUAUCAGUUCUAAUGAAUACUCUAGCUAGAAUUGAUUUUGAAUUCGAGGAAUAAAUGAUUAAUUUUGAA